CACUUUUCUGGCGGGAACACGGCCAGCAUGGAGAGAACAGCCACAGAGGGAAAGCGGGAAGGAGAUGGGGGAAAGUGUGUGUGUGUGUGUGUGUGUGUGUGCGCGCGCGUGUGUGUGCGCAGGAAAAAGGCCCGCAGUCCAGUCCGACCCAGCCUGGGAGGCUCUCGCUGGCCCUUUCGUAAUUGCCCCCUCCCAGGCCCCCUCCCCCAGCUCCCCCUCCACCGCCCGCCCUCUCUCCCUCCCUCCUUCCUCGCAGCAACGACCAGGCAGCAAUUACGCUUUGGGGAUAAAACGAGGCGCAGAGCGCGGCCAGGGCAUUCCUCCCCGAGAUGGCGGGUCUGACGGCGGCGGCCCCGCGGCCCGGAGUGCUGCUCCCGCUCCUGCUCUGCCUCCUCCGCCCCGCGCAGCCCGGAGGGGUCCCAGGGGCGGUUCCUGGUGCCAUCCCCGGAGGUGUUCCUGGAGGAGUCUUUUAUCCAGGGACUGGGCUCGGAGGCCUGGGAGGAGGAGGGCUGGGACCUGGAGGCAAACCACCUAAGCCAGGCGCUGGGCUGCUGGGGACAUUUGGGGUCGGUCCUGGCGGGCUCACUGGUGGUGGUGUCACAGCUGGGGCAGGAAUCGGGGCCUUUCCCGCAGGUACCUUCCCAGGGGCACUGGUGCCUGGUGGAGCGGCCGGGGCUGCUGCUGCUUAUAAGGCUGCCAAGGCUGGGGCCGGGCUUGGCGGCGUCGGCGGGCUUGGCGUUGGCGGCAUCGGAGGGCUUGGUGGCAUUGGUGGAGUUGGCGGCUUGGGAGUGUCUACAGGUGCUGUGGUGCCUCAGCCCGGAGCAGGAGUCGGAGUUGGAGCUGGAGUGAAGCCAGGCAAAGUGCCAGGCGUGGGGCUCCCAGGCGUGUACCCGGGCGGAGUGCUCCCCGGCGCAGGAGCUCGCUUCCCUGGAGUGGGGGUGCUCCCAGGGGUCCCCACUGGAACCGGAGUCAAGGCCAAGGCCCCAGGCGGCGGAGCUUUUGCCGGAAUCCCAGGGGUUGGGCCCUUUGGGGGCCAGCAGCCUGGGGUGCCCCUGGGGUACCCUAUCAAAGCACCCAAGCUGCCAGGUGGCUACGGACUGCCCUACACCAACGGCAAGCUGCCCUAUGGAGUGGCUGGUGCAGCGGGCAAAGCCGGCUACCCGACAGGGACAGGGGUUGGCCAGGCAGCAGCCGCGGCGGCGAAAGCAGCUAAGUUUGGUGCUGGAGGAGCAGGAGUCAUCCCUGGCAUUGGAGGGGGCGGCAUCCCUGGCGCGGCCGGCGCCAUCCCCGGGAUUGGGGGCAUCGCAGGGGUUGGGACUCCUGCAGCAGCUGCCGCUGCGAAGGCUGCCGCGAAGGCCGCCAAGUACGGAGCUGGUGCAGGCCUAGUGCCUGGUGGGCCAGGAGUUAGGGUCCCAGGUGUUGGGAUCCCAGGUGUCAGCCGCCCCGGUGUUGGUAUCCCAGGUGUUGGGAUUCCAGGUGUUGGGAUCCCAGGUGUCGGGAUUCCAGGUGUUGGGGUCCCAGGCAUUGCAGAUGGAGCAGGGCCUCUCGGGCCAGCUGCAGCUGCUAAAGCAGCGGCCAAAGCAGCUAAAUAUGGGGCCCGGGCCGGAGUGGGAGUCGGGGGCAUCCCCACCUUCGGGGUCGGGGUUGGGGCCGGAGGCUUUCCUGGCUUCGGAGUCGGACCCGGAGUCGGGGUCGGACCUGGAGUCGGAGUUGGAGUCGGAGGUGUCCCCACAGCUGGCCUUUCUCCUGCAGCCCAGGCCGCUGCCGCCGCCAAAGCUGCCAAGUAUGCAGGAGCUGGAGCCCUGGGAGGACUGGUGCCGGGUGCAGUGCCAGGCGUGCCAGGAGCAGUACCAGGUGCAGUACCAGGUGCAGUACCAGGAGCAGUACCAGGUGUAAUACCAGGAGCAGUACCAGGUGUGCCCGUCACCGGAGCGGUACCAGGAGCAGAUGCCGCAGCAGCUGCGGCCGCCAAAGCCGCCGCCAAAGCAGCCCAGUUCGGGGUAGGCCCCGGCAUCGGUGGGGUUCCAGGCGGUGUCGGCGUUGGUCCUGGUGGCCUCCUGCCUGGUGGCCUCCUGCCUGGUGGUAUCGGACCUGGCGGUAUUGCAGGAGCAGGGGUCCCAGCUGCAGCCAAGUCCGCUGCUAAAGCAGCUGCCAAAGCCCAGUACCGGGCCGCUGCUGGGCUGGGCGCUGGUGUCCCUGGCUUUGGAGUUGGUGCCGGAGUUCCUGGUUUCGGGGUUGGUGUCCCUGGUGCUGGAGUUGGUGUUGGUGUCCCUGGAUUCGGAGCUGGGGUCGUACCUGGAUCCCUGGCCGCAGCUAAAGCAGCUAAAUACAGAGCAGCAGGGGUCGGGGCCCUGGGAGGACCUGGCGUCCUGGGAGGAGUAGGUGUCCCUGGCGGUGUUGUAGGAGGCGUGCCCGCUGCCUCGGCCGCCGCUGCCAAAGCUGCCGCCAAAGCUGCCCAGUUCGGCCUGGGGGGCGUCGGUGGGCUUGGAGCUGGAGGACUGGGAGUUGGAGGCCUCGGAGUCGGAGGACUGGGACUUGGCGGACUCGGAGGUGUGUCUCCAGCUGCUGCUGCUAAAGCAGCCAAAUAUGGCGUGGCAGCCAGACCUGGCUUCGGAUUGUCCCCCAUUUACCCAGGUGGUGUUGGGGGCCUGGGAGUCGGUGGUGAGUCAGCCAUAAAAAGGCAUCUUGUGCCCGGGGUCGGGACCCUUACUCGGGGUGGAGGGAAAGUCUUGCCCAGGGAGCAGCCAGUGUGGCCCUGGCUGGUCCUCUGGUAUUCGGGCUAAGCUGAAAGGUCAGCCUCGGGAUGCGGGGACAGGAGGCAAGGAUCCCGAUCCCUGGUGUCCCAGCCCGGCACUUAAGUAGGUUUUGGGGGCAAGACAGGGGCCUGGGGUCUCACUGCAGACACUGACAAGUCUCCACCAAAAGAGAAGGUAACUUGCUAGGAAUGGGGGCAAAUGCCCGUAGCCAGCAUUCUGAGAGGCUGAGACAGGAGGAUCGCAAGUUCUGGCCCAGCUUGAGCAACUUAGUGAGAUCUUGUCUCAAAA